AUCACGGCGGCGGUGCCUCUAGCGGUGGACUCUGGACGUUUUAUUGAACUCUUUGACUGGGCUUCGCCGUUCCAGCUUUACAAAGCGGUGGUAAAAAUAAUGGAAAGCACGGAACUCAUUCCACGCUUCUAGAAAUACAACAAGUUUGGAGGAUAUUUUGAAGAUAUCGAGUUGCCUUUCCUUUUAGGACUCGCGAUGGCUCCAGCUAGGAAAAAAGAGCGGAAUGUAAAGGAUCUGUGCUGAAUGCAGCUCAUUCAUGGACUAAAGGACUCGUUUGGGGACCAUGAGUACAGGAAUGAAGAAACCACCAGUUGCCCCCAAACCCAAGCUGGUUCCAUUGCAUAAACCAUCACCUCCCCCUAUUGCCCCAAAACCAGAGAUCCUACUGCCUUCACCCUCACCCACUGCACACAAGAGAGGCAAACCUGCUGUUGCCCCCAAGCCAUGUCUCCUCAAAGCCCCUCAGAAACCUGUUCAGGCAAGGCAAGAUCAUUGCAAGAAUCAGCACCCCCCUGUCUCCAAAAAUGGGGGUCCUGCUCUACUAUCCUCAAACCUGUCUCAUUACAUUAUACCGCCCUGUAAUAAAGUUUGUCAUCUUGCUAAUAACAAAUCAAAUGAUUCUAAGGAAAUAUCUAGAGAAGCAACCCUAACAACAGAAGUCGGUGUUUUCAAAGAAGGCGACAGCCCAAAAGAACAUUUGUUUUCCAAUGACACAUGGGAACAUACUGCCCGAUCUGAACAUGUGCAGGAACAAGUGCCCACAGACUCAACCCAAAUGUCCACUGAGGCCCAAGAUGAAACAAACUCUCCCUCAGUAGAAAAGGACCAGACAAGUACGCAAGUACUAACUUCUGACCAUAUCCCAAGACACUGUCCUACAGAACCCCUACAGGAACGUUCAUCAGAGGUUAAAGAGACUGGCAAUGUUUUUAGCUCCUGUACUAGUGACAGUGUUGGUGUCCCUGCACCACCCAGCAAGCCUCUCCCUGUACCUCAUCCACGACGCCCUCGGAGGGCACUUCUAAGGCAGAAUGUUGUGGAAAUUGCACCUUCGGACACUCAAGCAGAUAUACCAACAGAGACUCCUGAAAAUGCUCAAUCAGACGGAUUACAAGAAACUCCCAAAAACACAACCUGCCACUCCCACACAAGCACAUUACAAAAUGCAUGUUGUCCUAAAGAGGACAUUGAAAACACAGACACUGACUCCUCAACCAAAAGUGAUCCUUUGCACAAGGUAGACUCCUUUUACAAUGCACAAACUGAAGACAUGCCUUCUGAUUUAGACUCCACCCAUUAUUCUGUUCCAACAAAUGGUGCAACUUUAGCUUCCAUGGACACAGCUGUGGAGGAUGGGUCGCAACCUCCAGCUCCGCCACCUCGGCAGAAAUCCCUCCCACAAAUGGUCGAUUCAUUGUGCAAGGCCUCAACAUCAGUGGACAACUUGCUCUUGCAUUGCCAGUCAGAUCUUCAAGAGGUUACGAGUAAUGAUGAAGAUGCAGAAAGUGAUGAUGAAGAUGAUGGGGCAUAUGGAGAUUUUGCUCGCUACCCAAUAACUCGGAGUCUUCCGAAACAAAUCAAGCUUAGCUGUGGAUCUCAAGUCAUAGCUAUCACCAAGCCAUAUAUUGAUGGAGAUGAAAAGUCACCAAAAGUCAUGCCUAAAAAGCCACAACGAAACAGUCUUCCCGCAUCUGUUGCAUUGCGAAAGCAAGGCACACCUCCUCCACUUCCCAACUCCAAUCCUCCAGUAUUCGGAGAACUUCCGGCACCUCCUCAAGAGAAACCUUCAUGGAGAGUUGCCCUCCCUAGCAUCCCACUCUUCAGUAGAAACCAGCCGACCCGUAGUAACAGCCAACCACAAGCCGGAGUUGUGGGAUCGGUUUUUGUCAAACAAAGAGCAAAGUCAUUUUCUUCUGCAGAUCUUCAGAGAGUUGACAAUGGAUCGGAAGCCUCUGAGCAGUUGGCUCGGUCAGAUCAAACACGAAGAAGCCUGCGGAAACUGCUAGAGCUGCGUGUUUGUGCACGGUUGCUGCCGAAGUUGCUCCGCAGUGGACAGUCCUUGGAUUGCACUCGCACUGAUUCGGAAUAUGAGGAGCAUAAAGCCGUACCUGCUAAUCAAGUCACAUCUGGCGAUGAUGAAGAGGCUCAAGGUGACAGCGAGGCAGACUGUGGAGUGGAAUAUGAGAACGUCCCAUUAUAUGAGGAGAUCCCAGAAUACAUGAACCUGCCGUGGGUGUAUUCUAACCAAGAUGCUGACACAGACGUGUAUGAAGUGCAGGAGCCAUGUGAGGCAAACAGCAGAUGUUCAGUGAGUGCUGAUCUAUCAGAGGAUGGACUGAGCUCUAAUGAGGAAGACGGUGACAGCUCAGACUCCAGUAAAGAAGACAUGAGACAUUCAAAAGAUAAAGAGGAGGUAGAACGGGCGAAGAGGAACAAGGUGGUCCACAUCGCUAUGGAGAUCAUGAGCUCAGAGAAAGUAUUUGUGGAUGUCCUGAAGUUACUUCACAUCGAUUUCCGGGAUGCAGUUGCGAAGGCGACUCGUGCGAGCGGGAAACCAUUGGUGGAGGAGAAAGUGUUGAACCAGAUCUUGUACUAUCUGCCUCAGCUAUACGAACUCAACAAAGACCUGCUGAAAGAGCUGGAGGAGAGAGUGGCACACUGGUCUGAUCACCAGAGGUUGGCUGAUAUUUUCGUUCAGAAGGGUCCAUAUCUGAAAAUGUACUCCACGUACAUACGAGAGUUUGACCGUAAUGUGGCUCUGCUGGAUGAACAGUGUCGCAAAAAUCCCCCUUUUUCCAGUGUUGUGCGUCAGUUUGAGACAAGUCCUCGCUGUGCUAGUCUUGCUUUGAAGCAUUACCUGCUGAAACCGGUGCAGCGGAUCCCUCAAUACCAGCUUCUGCUCACAGAUUAUUUAAAAAAUCUUCCUGAGGAUUCUUCCGACUACAAAGACACACAAACGGCUCUUAGUGUGGUAAAAGAAGUGGCAAACCAUGCAAAUGACAUCAUGAAGCAAGGGGACAACUUUCAGAAGCUGAUGCAGGUUCAGUACAGUCUGAAUGGUCACCAUGAAAUUGUCCAGCCUGGCAGAGUUUUCUUGAAAGAGGGCACUUUAAUGAAACUUUCUAGGAAAGUUAUGCAGCCCAGAAUGUUCUUCCUGUUUAAUGACAUCCUGCUGUACACAACACCAGUGCAGUCUGGACAGUAUAAAGUCAACAGUAUGCUCUCUCUGGCUGGCAUGAAGGUGAGCAAACCCAGUCAGGAGGCGUAUCAGAAUGAGUUAAACAUUGAGAGUGUUGAAAGAUCCUUCAUACUGUCUGCCAAUUCAGCGACUGAAAGAGAUGAAUGGUUGGAAGCCAUUGCUACAGCAAUAGAUGAUUACACCAGAAAGAAGAUUUCGUUCUUCUCCAGUCGAAGCCAAGAGCUGGAAGGAAUCUCUGACGAUGGUUUACCACUGGGCUCUAAGGCUCCUAUCUGGAUUCCAGAUUUACGAACGACUAUGUGUAUGAUCUGCACGUGCGAGUUCACUCUGACCUGGAGACGCCAUCACUGCCGUGCCUGUGGAAAGGUGGUGUGUCAGGCAUGUUCGUCUAAUAAAUUCUACCUGGAAUACCUGAAGAAUCAACUGGCAAGAGUGUGUGACCAUUGCUAUAUUAAACUACAGCACAAGGGCGACCAAUCCAAUGUGACCUUUUCCCCUAGUGGGCGGGGCUCAACAUUCGCUUUUUCUAGAAAACAGAAGAAGAUUCCAUCAGCUCUCAAGGAGGUGUCUGCCAACACUGAGAACUCCUCCAUGAGUGGAUAUCUGCACAGAUCUAAAGGCCACAAGAAACCAUGGAAGAGGCUGUGGUUUGUCAUUAAGAACAAAGUCCUCUACACUUAUGCUGCCAGUGAAGAUGUUGCAGCAUUGGAGAGUCAGCCACUGCUGGGGUUUUUCCUCCGAGAGGAGAAGACAGGACCUGCUCAAAAACUGCAGUUUAAACUCUACCAUAAAAACACACUCUACUACAUCUUUAGAGCUGAGGAUAUUCCCACUGCACAGAGGUGGAUCGAGGCAUUUCAGGAGGCCAUGAUUCUUUGACGGGUCUUGAUUGGAUUAAAUCAUAAAUAAAUGUCCGGGUCUCUCCACUGUGUGCACGGUUUGAGGUUUGAAGAUGCGAAAAUCCCAGUUUAAUGCCAAGAAUGCUGGUAGAUGUAGUUCAGGCAUUAAUCCUAACCUUAAGCACCCUAAUGAAGGUCGUUUUAAUCAAGACUGCCUGCAAACAAAAAAAGAUGUGAGGUAUUAAUCCAUCAUUAUUUUUCAUUCUUAAUGUUACAUUUAGGAAACACUGCCUCUCAGCUUGUUUUCGGUGCUUGGCAUUUACAAUAAUUCCAGCCUACAAAGUGUGCAGGAGUUAAAAGUGCCUAGUCUUGAGUUCAAGAUGUUUGUCUUUAACUCCUGACCAUUAGGUUAUCCUUGAGUCGCAUUUCAAUUGCCAUUAAAUCUAAUUGCUGGUGCCGCCGGUCGCCUGAUGAAAGUUUAUAAAAGGAUUUUUGGCCACUGGUGUGAUUCAUAGUCAAGUCUGAAUGUGGAUGAGCAAGUAUGACACGAGGAAUGUCUGGUGCCAGGUCAUGUGGCGCAGUCUGGCAUGGUGCAUUAUGGGAGAUUUUUGGAUUCCACUGUGAAUGCUGGGAAAGAAGGCUUAAAAGUUACCAGGCUUCUUCUGGAAGCAUAAGCAGGCUACGGCAACUACGUAUAAAUUGUGACUACGUAUAAAUUGUGUCUUUAGAUUUAGUUUUGUCCACAAUUUGCUAAACUUAAGCAUGGGUAUUAUUUAAGCAACAAUUCAUGGAUUACAUGCAACAAUUUUCAAAUUAAUCGAUUUGACAUAUAUUGAAUGUAAUGAUAUAUACUUGUCUUUAUAGGCAGAGACAAGUCAAUGUAUUAAAUUUGAGUACAGUUCACACAUACAUUUUACAUAAUGACUCAUGCAAAGUAUGUGAGAAUAAAAUUGUAAGACUAAAUGCCAGUUUUUAAUGAACAAUUAAUUAAUUUAAGCAUUAUAUAAAAAAGCAUAUUAAUUUAAUGAACAAUUUUGGCAUUAGGUAGGUCCCAGAAUGCUUUUUAAUGAAAAAUAUGUGCGUUUGCUUACAAUUUGUGCAUUAUACACAACAUUUUUCAUACGAAUAAUUUUAUAAAUAAGCAAUUUACAGAAUAACCAUUUAUAUUAAAUGCUAAAUGUGUUCGAAUAACAAUUUUGCAAACAAUUUAUGCAUGAAAUCUGACAUUUUGCAGAGGAAGAACUUUCCAAACAAUGUAUGUAAGAAUGUAUGAAUAAUUGUAUGCACAAUUUAUACAUAUUCAUUCUGCUCAUGUUUCCUCUAAGAAGCUCUUUGUUUUUAUUUGAUUUUUUUUUUUUUUUUUUCAGUUCAGUUACAAAAAUGUUUUUAAUAAUCUUAAACUCUUUUGUAAAAAGUAGGCAUUUCAACUGAUGUUUUAAACAUUGUGUACUGGACAGAACUGGAAGUGUACAUAUUUUGUAAAUGGUAAUAUAAUGCAGGCGUAUUUAAAAAAUUAGUUCAGGAUGUUUAAUGGCCUCAUGGGGUAGUAGUGAAGACACAGUGCCAGGCUGGCUAACUCAGCACUGUUUUUAACUUUUACUUUAUAAAACAAUAUAGCACACCGGCUGUGAAUACAGAGGAAAAAUCUAGUGCUCUUAUCAGGGAAAGACGUAACACACAUUAAAUACUCUAAUGCACCUUGUUCAGGAACACGAGUAUGAUGACCUGAUUAUAUUCUCUACAGUUUUCACUAAGGUCCUUUUCCAUUUCAAGCACAACAAGCCACUGAUGUUUUUUACUUUUUCUUUCUUUCACCAUUUGAAGUGUAACCGCUCCAAGAAAAGGAUUGUUUUGUGGUUCUGUUCGAUGUCAAUCACAUUUGUGUGUUGAAUGUUUGUUUACAUUUUGUGAGAAUGUUCUGAUUAUGGAAAACUUUAGAUACACCACUGUUUUGUUUUUUAACCAUAUGAUCCACUUUUUAGAAAAGUAAAUAUAAUUGUUAUUUUUGGUCAUCAUGGCACUAGUUUACUACGAUGUCCCACAGUUUUGCAGAUCUCAAGAAAGUUUUACGUCCUGAAGUAAUAUCUUGAGGAUUUCAAGGGAGUAAGCUAUGCCCCAAGAAAAAUGUAAAGAGCAAAUAAUUUUUAAUAAAUAAUGUAAUGUAAUGAGA